CCCAGACCAAUAAAGUGACUCGGCAGUGUGUCAGCGCCCUGGACUGGUUUGAGUCAAAGAUUUCUUUUUGAGUCACCUGCCAGCAUCUGAAGGAGACGACUGCUCCGUCUACCUCCCUGCCUCUUCCCUCUCUGCUUCCUCAUCUCCUGCUCUCCGUGCUUCUCCCUCCCUCACUGCAUUUUUCCCAGGCUGAGGCGUCCGUGGACCCUCUGGCUCCGCUGCUUUCGUCAGUGACUUGGAGUGCUCCGAGAACUUUGUGAACUCUUCGUGUUGGAGUGGGGAGGGAGAGGAAGGCAAGCAGUUGAUGGGACGCAGUCCGGCAGCAGCAGCAGGCUCGUCUGGAGACGACAUCGGGACUCUGAGCUGGAGAUGAUCCCCCAGGUCAUGACAAGCCACCGCCUCAGCCUCCUCACCCCCCUGGCUCUGCUGGGACUCCUCGUGGGGUUUGCACACCUCAGCUAUGGCUCAGUCGCCGAGGAUGAGGAUUACUACAUGCAGGAGCUGCUGACCAGAGAGCAAUACAACCAGGUGCAGUUUCUGGAGAAGCCCGUGGCCUCGAUACCUGACGGGCAUGAACACUCUAGGCAAAACCCUGCCAAGAAAAUGCCAAAGGGAAAGGCAGCUGACAGCAGCAAGCAGACAGAUAAACCCACAGCUGAUGCAAAAUCAGUGAAAACAGCCAACAAAAAGGCAGAAAAGAACAAGAAGAGCUCGCUGAAAAACCCAAACAGCAUCUCCGAAGGUGAUGGACAUUACAACUCGAUUACAGAUGAAUGCCCUCCCAUGGGACUGGAGACACUGAAGAUUGAUGAUUUCCAGCUCCAUGCUUCAUCUACCAAACGCUACGGCCUCGGUGCACACAGAGGUCGCCUUAACAUUCAGGCUGGCAUUUAUGAAGAUGACCUCUAUGACGGGGCCUGGUGUGCCGGGAGAGACGACCCGCUGCAGUGGUUCGAGGUGGAUGCCAGGAGGCUGACAAAGUUCACCGGGGUCAUCACACAAGGCAGGAGCUCCCUCUGGUCGAGUGAUUGGGUGACCUCAUACAAAGUCAUGGUCAGCAACGACAGUCACACCUGGAUAACGCUGAAGAAUGGCUCCGAGGACUUAAUAUUCAGUGGAAACAGGGAGAAGGAAAUCCCAGUGCGGAACAUCUUCCCAGCCCCUGUGAUUGGCCGAUACAUUCGUGUCAACCCUCGUUCUUGGUUCAACAGCGGCAGCAUCUGUAUGAGGGUGGAGAUCCUUGGCUGUCCUAUGCCAGAUCCAAAUAAUUAUUACCACAGACGCAAUGAAGUCAUAACAACGGAUGACUUGGACUUCAAACAUCACAGCUACAAAGAAAUGAGGCAGCUGAUGAAGGUGGUGAAUGAAAUGUGCCCCAACAUCACCCGGAUCUACAACAUAGGGAAGAGCCACAGUGGCCUCAAACUGUAUGCCAUAGAGAUCUCUGACAACCCAGGAGAUCAUGAAGUUGGUGAACCAGAGUUUCGUUACACAGCGGGUUCCCAUGGUAACGAGGUGCUGGGACGAGAGCUGCUCCUCCUGCUGAUGCAGUUCAUGUGUCUGGAGUAUCUAGCUGGCAACCAGCGGAUACGGCACCUGGUGGAAGAGACCAGAAUCCAUCUAUUGCCAUCUGUCAACCCUGAUGGGUAUGAGAAAGCCUUUGAAGUGGGUUCAGAGCUCAGUGGCUGGUCCCUGGGUCGAUGGAGCAAUGAUGGAAUAGACAUUCACCAUAACUUCCCCGAUCUCAACUCCAUUCUGUGGGAAGCGGAGGCCAAGAAGUGGGUUCCUCGCAAAAUGUUCAAUCACCAUGUGCCCAUCCCAGCGUGGUACCUGUCCAAAAACGCCUCAGUUGCCUUGGAGACACGAGCGCUGAUAGCGUGGAUGGAGAAGAUGCCCUUCGUGCUGGGUGGUAACCUCCAGGGAGGGGAGCUGGUGGUGACCUUCCCGUACGACAGAACUCGCUCCCAAGGAAUGACCAGGGAGCACACCCCCACCCCAGAUGACCACGUCUUCCGCUGGCUGGCAUUCUCCUACGCGUCCACCCACCGUCUGAUGACUGAUGCCAACCGACGGGUCUGCCACACCGAGGACUUUGCCAAGGAGGACGGCACCAUCAACGGAGCGUCCUGGCACACUGCAGCCGGCAGUAUGAAUGAUUUCAGCUAUGUGCACACCAACUGCUUUGAGCUGUCGAUGUAUGUGGGUUGUGACAAAUUCCCUCAUGAGAGCGAGCUGCCUGAGGAGUGGGAGAACAAUCGCGAGUCUCUUCUUGUCUUCAUGGAGCAGGUGCAUCGUGGGAUCAAAGGUGUAGUCAGGGACCUGCAAGGCCGUGGAAUAGCAAAUGCCAUCAUCUCUGUGGAGGGCAUUGGACAUGAUAUUCGCACAGCUGCAGAUGGCGACUACUGGCGCUUGCUGAACCCUGGAGAGUACAGAGUAACAGCCAGGGCCGAGGGCUACAGCCUCGCCAGCAAGAAGUGCGAGGUGGGCUACGAGAUAGGCGCCACCAGGUGCGACUUCACCAUUGGCCGCACCAACCUGUCACGGAUCAAAGAAAUAAUGGAAAAAUUCAACAAGCAGCCCAUCAGGUUGCCUGUCAGGCAGCUCCAAGCUCGCAGGUCCAGAGAAAGACGUCUGGGAACAUAAUGACUGUAUUGGGAAGCCGGAGGAAGAAUUAAAAACAAACAUCUGCUCUGAUCAGACUGGGGUGAAGUCCAAGCCCUGGGUUUGGACCUGUUUCAGAUUCCUCCAGAGUGCUGUCACUGAGUUAGUGUUUGGAGACUGAAAAUGUGGACUAAUUUAAACAGGGUGCUUUAUUUUAUUUUUUGUUUGGUCAUGUUCGGUUUUAUUCCCAGACAUAAGCUCUCACUGUUGACAUCUCAAGUUUUCUUCAUAAUCUACGGUAAACAUUUUAGUACUUCAUUCUGUCAAAGGUCAAGUUUGUUUUUGUCAAUUACAAAAUAUUAAGACACCCAUUACCACUCCUCAUAGCAACUAUAAAUACUGAUCUUGCAAAUAACAUUCUGGCCACAUUAGAGAUUUUUUUUUUUUUUUAAAUUAAAGAAAACAGAUAGAUGAAGAAUCUGUUUUAGCAUCUCAUUUUAGCCACUGCGAGGAACUGCCAUGAAUGUCACUAUGUACAUACUUAUUAACUUAUAUAACACUGUUAUGUAAACCAAUACAAAAGCUUUACUACCUGCACUUGUAUAAUGUUCAGUCCUUAAAAAGACUUGCUGACUUAGUGACCUUUUGUGUGUCAUUUAAGCAUUUGUUGUUGUUUUGUUUUUUUUAAAAAGCAUUUUUCUUUUAGUUAUUAAAUAAAGACUGUGUUUGCACAAACUGAA